UACCUUUUUCCUCCCCACUCUCCUCCAACUCUCCCAUCAGGACCAACAGGGAUGUGAUGCGCUCCUGAACGCGCACAAAAGGGCUGGAGAGCAACUUUUUGUCCCCCUCUGAAAGUGGCUCCAGGGUUGAAAGAGGGUGACUUGGUUGAGUGUUUUCUCUCUUGGAAGAACAGAACUCAGCAGCCCUGUCCUGUGUUGUGUUUCCCAUAUGUCGCGAAAGCAGCUCGACCAUGACUACAACCUCCGUAGUAUGAGCAACCUGAUGGGCGAGAGGUGGAAGAAAGUGAACGAUGGAGGCGAGCGGAGUCUCAUCAAAGCUCCAUCCAGCGCCAGCAUCAGCAGCCAGGGCGCAUCGGCUGGAUCCUCCACCGCCGGAGCUCCCGCAGCAGCAGCAGCAGCAGCGGCGUCCACCUCCUCCACCUCCACCGGCGACCUGGAGAGGGCUGCCCGCAAGCAGUUCCAGCAGGAUGUCACGCCGGGGUUCGUCUACGUCCUGGCCGUGUUCUCCGCCCUGGGGGGCUUUCUGUUCGGCUACGACACCGGGGUGAUCUCCGGGGCGAUGCUCCUGCUGAAGAGGGAGCUGGAGCUGAGCGCACUGUGGCAGGAGCUGCUCAUAUCAAGUACUGUGGCCGCGGCCGCCCUCUCCGCGCUGCUGGGCGGCUUCCUCAACGGGCUGUUCGGGCGCAGGGUGUGCAUCCUGCUCGCCAGCUUCUUCUUCACCGUCGGCGGGAUCGUGCUGAGCGCCGCGCCCGGGAAAGAGGUGCUGCUGGCGGGGAGGAUCAUCGUCGGAGUGGGGCUUGGUAUUGCUUCCAUGACGGUGCCGGUGUACAUCGCCGAGGCCUCCCCGCCUCACCUCAGAGGUCAGCUGGUCACCGUCAACACCCUCUUCAUCACCGGGGGACAGUUCACCGCCAGCCUCAUCGACGGCGCCUUCAGCUACCUGCAGCGCGACGGCUGGAGGUACAUGUUGGGUCUGUCGGUGCUUCCCGCUGUGCUCCAGUUCAUGGGAUUCCUCUUCCUGCCGGAGAGCCCUCGCUGGUUAAUCCAGCGUGGUCUGACCCAGAAGGCCCGCCGAGUGCUCAGUCAGAUAAGAGGCAACCAGAACAUAGACGAGGAAUACGACAGCAUCAAAAACAGCAUCGAGGAGGAGGAGAAGGACAGCGGAGGAGAUGGCCCGGUGAUCUGGCGGAUGCUGACCUACCCCCCGACUCGGCGAGCCCUCCUGGUGGGCUGCGGUCUUCAGAUGUUCCAGCAGCUUUCGGGAAUCAACACGGUCAUGUACUACAGCGCCACCAUCCUGCAGAUGUCAGGAGUUCGGGACGACAGACUGGCGAUCUGGCUGGCCGGACUCACCACCCUCACCAACUUCCUGUUUACUCUGCUGGGAGUCUGGUUGGUGGAGAGAGUCGGCCGCAGGAAGCUCACCUUGGGCAGCAUCAUCGGUACAUGUUUGAGUUUGAGUCUGUUGGCCGUUGGUUUUCUGAUUUCGGCCCAACACACUCCUCCCGUCACCUUCCACCCAUUAGACCCAGCCAUGGCCAACUCUACCUGCUCCAAGUACCAGCUGUGUGAGCCGUGCAUGCUGGACCCCGGAUGUGGAUUCUGUUACAGCGAGAACAGCUCGGCGCUACUCACCUCCUCCUGCGUUCCCGUCAAUAAGGCCUCCACCGAGCACGCAGCAUGGGGCAGAUGCUCCAACUCCACCCUGAUGAGAGAUCACACUUACUGGGCCUACAACUACUGUCCCACCUCCUACUCCUGGCUGGUUUUACUGGGUCUGAUGUUCUACCUGGCUGCUUUUGCUCCUGGUAUGGGUCCGAUGCCGUGGACCAUCAACUCUGAGAUCUAUCCUCUGUGGGCCAGGAGCACUGGAAACGCCUGCGCCGCCGGAGUCAACUGGACCUUCAACAUCCUGGUGUCGCUCACCUUCCUGCACCUGGCUCAGUACUUCACCUACUAUGGCGCUUUCUUCCUCUACUCCAGCCUGGCCUUGCUGGGUUUUGUCUUCAUCUAUGGCUGCCUGCCAGAGACUAAAGCCCGGCGUCUGGAGGAGAUUGAGGCGCUGUUUGAAAACCAGCUCUGUUCGUGCGGCGCCUCUGAUUCAGACGAAGGGCGGCAGGUCGAGUACAUUCGGGUCAAAGGUUCAAACUACCACCUAUCGGACAACGAUGCUUCAGACGUGGACUAGUGGGGAGCGUUGGUAACCCCCCCUCUGGGUGUUCGGUUGCGUUGCUGAAACAUGCAGAGUGGUUGGGUUGGUUUGUAAUAGUUUUCCUUUUUGUGUGAUCUGAGGAGUUUCCCUCAGUGUGCGGUUAAGUAUUACAGUCUAAAAGACCCUUUUGCUUCUGUCAGUUAGUUCACUUUCAAAUCAGCCAGUUCAGGAAAUCAUUGAUGAUGCUUUAGCCGGAGUGUGAAUGUUUUGCUUUCAGCUUAUUCUCUGAAUUGAAGGUGAACUGACACCUGAUCUGGUACAAGACCUGCUUUAGCCAGUUUUCAACCAAUAGCUCAACUACGACAGUCUUUGCCUUGUCCAUCCAUAACAAAACAAACAUGCAUAUAGAGGUUUCAGCGUAUUUUUUACAGAGACACGUUAAUGACACAAACUAUAAUGGCCUUUUUCUCUCACAUAAAGUCAGGAAAAUGCCCCUAAUAUUUUGUACAGUUCUUUAAAUAUCAUUAAUAUAUGAUGUUGUGCAUAAAGUAUAAAGUAUCCCAGAGCAUAUGUUAGAAUUCCAUUGAAAAAGAUGCAGUAAAUGUGGUUUUUGGAAACCAGGUUUGUGCGUCCGCGAAAUUUUUGUUGGCUGUUGUCGAUCUAUAGUACCAUUAUGCCUUUUUUGUAUGAGACGCGUCUCUGUUAAAUGUCGUUUCGGCUAGUAGCGUAGCACACUAACGCCAGUUCCUCAUGAUGGCAGUCUUUAGUUUGUGGUCAGUGUUGAGAUUUUUUAGAAAAGCAAUCACCAGGAAUGCAGUGUGUUGUUACCAUCAGUGGAUGCCUCAAGAAAACCACUGUAGCAGCACUGAAAGGAUGAAUUUAUGUUGCUACGGUUUGUCUAUUUAAGUAUUUAUUUAAAUAAAUUUAGUUUUUUUCCAGUCCUUUUUCACACAAAUUACAAAUUGCUUUAUUUUUUUAUUUCAAUCCUAUUGCUUACCUGCUUCUAAAAAUUGCAGUUUUUAGCAGAAUACUACAGUUUGCCACACUCUUCACCAUGAUCGUAGUAACUUCUGGAUAUACUGUAUAUGUAGAAUCCAGCAAAAACAACCAGUCGGUUUCGUCUGUAGCAGUAAAGUAAAACGUUAGUACGAUAAAAGCGAUUUUAAAGUAUCUGAACAUGACAAUAUUAGUGCCUGUGUAUUGUGAAGGUGCCUAAUGGCCAUUGUUUUCCAGUCCCAUUCCCCUGCAGCUUUAUUUAUUUAUGCAUAUUUGCACUUCACCUGUGAUGGAAUGUUAUUUAUUUUUUUUAUCGUAAUUUUAUAUAUUUUUGUCUUCCUCCAUAGCCUUUUGUACAAAUAGCAGAGCAUAUCAUUUAUGUAGUUUCUCGUGUCAAAUGUUGAGGAGUAGGCUUUAGCGUAAUUUACCAAUGUUGUUUUGUAAACCUUGUAAAACUGUGGGAGGUUGCACCUUGUUAGUCAAAUAGGUCUCUGUGUAGCAAAAACUGUUGGAAAGUAGACAACAGAGUAAUUGUGUGUAACAAAAUAAAGCAGGUAAAUAACAAAUUAACAGGCUGCUACUGUGGCAGUCCUAAUCCAUUAUGAUUAGUAAAGUUUAAUACCUCUUUUUUUUUUUUUUUUUUUUUUUAAUUGAAUAAGCAGCUUGCCAUCAAUGUCUUCAGUGACCCAUUAAAAGUCAGUGGUAUUUACAUCAAGUAUUGUGAUAAUUUUGGUAUUUUGCGGGUGUCACAGUGACACACGGGUGACAAUGGAAAUCAGUAUGAAUAAAGCCAAAUUCCUCUCACUAAAGGCAACACAAUAGGAAUAUAUUGUAUCUUACUGUUCAGAAAAACAGCUUCAACAGUUCAUAGUCACCCAUUUAUUUACCAAUCAUUCUAUUUUGUAAUUGCUGAUGAUUUUCCAAAGCAUACCACACAUAUUAAAGAUCAAUUUGACUAGACUUGUUUGAAAGACAUAUUAAAUCAUGGUAUUUAACACAUUACAGUCAACAAAAAAAAAUCUACUUUUAAACAUAUGCUUUUGAAAAUGAUCAGCACUAAUAUAGUGAAGCUCCUGUGAUUUGUUGUUAUGGGGCUGAAACAUGCAGAAUCGUAGUCUUUAAAGCUAGUGGGAUAAAGGAAAGAUGAUAAACUUGGACCAGUUUUUGUACAUUGUGAAUCGUAAUCAAGAAAUACAAAAAAAAUGGGUUUAUCUUCUUUGCUAAGGCGGACUGAAAGGUGGAGAAAACUACUACUGACUUCAAAAUGCAAACGUAUUCUUUUAAGUGUUUGUCAAGGAAGAGCUGUCUUAAAACCACACAAACUAGUUUUGUACUGAAAGUAUUAUUGCAGAUACACACACACACACACACACACACACAGAUCAAGCUGUCCGUAAUACAGAUUGUGUAAUGAAAACUUGUGUCGACCAAAUAUUUACCGUGAUUGUUUGCGGCUGCGCGUUGUCGAAGAUAAUGUGGUGUCCAGCCCUUAACAUCCAGUUGUGUUACCGCUGUCCUCCUCUACCACAGUAGGGGGGAGCAUUCGAUGUGUACUUAUGGUGAAAUGGUUGCAAUUUUUUUCUAUGUGAACCAAUUACGUGUGUUUCUAAAGUUUACCAGGAACUACAAAAAUACAAAUAAACGAGUGCUGUAAAGUAUAUUUGAUUAUUGUUCAAGCUGUAAAUGUUUUGCUAGAGUUUAUAUUAUAUAAAGAUAAAUAUCUUCAUGAAAUCUUAUGUAUAUGGGGAAAGAAAUAAACUUAUGAAUCAGAA